CCAGGGGAGGGACCGCUGCAGGAGUAUAAGAAGCUGCAGGACAGGGAGCAGUCUGUAGUGACUGGGUGGCAGUGGGACGUGCUGGGAGAGGAAGAGGCGAGUGUCUGUGUGUCCAUCCACCUGCCAGAUCCCUGCCUGCGUGACUGCUGACUUAAAAUGGCAGAAGGAGCAAAGGUGUUCAAGAAGACCAGCCCCAACAGCAAGCUAUCCAUCUACCUGGGGAAGAGAGACUUUGUGGAUCAUGUGAGUUCGGUGGAGUCUGUAGAUGGCAUCUGCCUGAUUGACCCGGAGUACCUAAAGGACAGAAAAGUGUAUGUGACGCUGACUUGCGCUUUUCGCUAUGGCCGAGACGACCUCGACGUCAUUGGGUUGACCUUCAGGAAGGACAUCUAUGUCCUGACCACCCAGAUCUUCCCACCAGUGCCGGACCAGGCACCCAAAACCCUCACUCCUUUGCAGGACAAGCUGAUGAAGAAGCUUGGAGAGAAUGCCUACCCCUUCACAUUCGAGAUUGCCACCAACCUGCCCUGCUCAGUCACCCUGCAGCCGGGACCAGACGAUGUGGGAAAGGCCUGUGGCGUGGACUUCGAAGUCAAAGGAUUUUGUGCUGAAAAUCUGGAGGAGAAAAUUCACAAGAGGAACUCAGUGCGCCUCAUCAUCCGCAAGAUCCAGUAUGCACCUGUAGAGAUGGGGCCAGCUCCGAAGGCAGAAACCACCCGGCAAUUCAUGAUGUCUGACAAGCCCCUGCACCUCGAAGCUUCCCUGGAUAAGGAGGUCUACUACCACGGAGACCCCAUCAAUGUGACAGUCAACAUCAAUAACACCACCAACAAGAUUGUGAAAAAAAUUAAGAUCUCAGUUGAGCAGAUCACAGACGUGGUUCUCUACUCACUGGAUAAAUACAUGAAGACUGUGUGCACCGAGGAGAUAAACGAGAACGUGCCAGCCAACUCUACCUUCUCCAAAACGUACUCUGUCACCCCCACACUCUCGGCCAACCGUGAGAAGCGAGGCCUCGCUCUUGAUGGCAAGCUCAAGCACGAGGACACCAACCUGGCCUCCACCACCGUCCUGAGACCCGGCAUGGACAAGGAGGUGCUGGGCAUCCUGGUGUCCUACAAAGUGAAGGUCAACCUGGUGGUGUCCCGAGGAGGCAUCCUGGGGGAUCUCACUUCCAGCGAUGUUGGUGUUGAGCUGCCUGUCAUCCUGAUGCACCCGAAGCCUGCAGACGUGAGGAGGACAUCGUCAUUGAGGAAUUUGCUCGCCAAAAACUCAAGGGGGAGAAAGAUGAGGAAGAUGAGAAGGAGGAGGCUGACAAAGAGGAAAGCUAACCUGCUGCUGCCUGCUUGCACAGGUAGCCAGCGGUCCCACGCGCCCUGGUUUGGGACAUAGAUGCCCGUAGCACACUCCCCACUGUACCGCACACGGUGCAGACACCUCAGGCCUCUCCCUGCAGUGCAGUGUAUUCCCCUAGGCACACCCUCCUCCCCUGGGUUCCCUGCACCGACUCCAAGCCCUGGUUGCAGUGGCGGGAGCCGCUGCAUCUCACCCUGGUACUGCCACGCUGCAAAGCCUGACUGCGUGCAGGACGGUGCUCCCACCUCCUUGCACCCAUGGGUGCCAGCGAGGAGACGGGGGCAGGGAGAGUGAGCCGGACCCCGGCUGAGUGCCGUCACCAGCAUGUUCGUCGUUCGCCUGCGUUAUGCAAUACUCUGUGACACCGUUACAAAUAAAUCUGCCCCAGUGGCCCGG